GAGCAUCAUAAAAAUAUGAAGCUGCCUUCUUUUACUGUGACGCGUGCCGUGCCAGGUCUGUCAGAUAUAGAGGUAUACAUAUAUACAUAUGUAUAUACGAUGCGGCCAGUACUGUUCCUAUUUUAUACCGCCGAAACGAUGGUCAAUAUGAUGCUGAUGGGCUUCCAUAUACGCGGUUUCAUGGCAGAGGAUCUGAGCUUCCUGCCCAUAAGGGACCAAGUAACGCACUACUUCUACACAAUCACGCUGUAUAUCUUCACCGUGCUGACAAUCUUUGCCAGCAUUAAUGUGUGCUCGGGCAACAAGGCCAGCAUUAUGGAGGAGAUCAUACGCUCAAUGACCGGCUGCAUAUUGUAUGUGAUUAUUUCGCUGAUGACGCUCAAGGAUGCCGAAAUGGAUUUCCACUUGAUGUACAUUAACAUGAUGGAUCCGAAUAUGCCGGAGAAGCCGGUGCAUCCGUUCUUUGCCUAUCUACGCUCACAGGCGGUGUGUUCGCUGGUCUGCAGCAUCAUCUACCUGCUGCACUGCCUCAUUGUCGUUGAUGUCUUGCUGUCGAGCGAGGAGUACUCUGAUGGGGAUGAAGAUGAACGCUCGGAUGAAUAUUCGGACGAUGAUACGGACUAUAUGCCCGUGCGCUUGUAUGUGCUUGGGGAGACGCUGCAGCAGCACCUCGAACGCUAUCACUGGUUCCGUGAAUUCUCUCAUGAUCACCGCAUGAACCUCUAAACCAUUUCAUACGCCUUUUUCCCCCCAUAUCAUUUUAUUGUACCGCUCUCUAAUUAAAGUCUGCCUUUCUUUCUCCUAUGACGU